AUGAGAAACACACGGUCCAGAACAGCUUGGGCUGAGCUUCCUGAGCUGGCGCCCCGGCCGUACUAUGGAUUUAGGUUCUAUCACCAGCCAGACUACUCCACCAGUGGGGUUCUGUGCGUGGUUCUGAACAAGGCUGCUGUUGGUUCUACCUACCACUGCUUUAACCACUGCAUAGCUACCAAGGCCUACCUAGUGCUGGUGUGAGGCUGGGUAGAGGAGGAGAAGAUGACUGUAGAUUUCUCUGUCGGUAAAAACCCCACAGAGGGAAGAACACACUUGAUGUGUAUCCAAGGAACAGAUGGUUUUGAGAACCCCAAGCCCUGUCAGACCCGGUUCACAGUGUUGAAGUACAGUUCUUAUAAUGGAGACCUUGUCACCAAAGUGCUGUUGCAGCCUCACACAGGUCGUACCCACCAGCUGAGGGUCCACUGUGAGGCGGUAGGCCACCCCAUCGUAGGAGACUACACCUACAGCCUGGGAGCAGACAGGGCUCCCUAUCAUAUGAUGCUGGAUGCAUACCAUAUACACCUCCCCCUGAAGUCCCUUCCCCCUGCAGGAUCAGAGGAGGUGUAUAAUGUAUCGGUGGUUGUCUGA